UGAUAGUAAGGAUAUGGAGUAUCUUGCAGUGAGAUUAAAAGAAUUAGCUGCAGAACCAACACGUGUUACUCUCGAGGUUGUCACAAAAGAUGAUGUCGCCACCUGUAGUGUCUUGUCCCUGGUCAUGGAAAAGGAUUUCCGUUACCAUUUCCAGCAUCCAAGGUUUCGUUUCUUCACUGCUUAUAUUGUGACUUUAUGCAAUUUCUUAAUUUACGCCGAAGACCCAAUUGCGCAUAGUUAUGGAGAAAGCAGCAUUCCUGUUAUCGGCCAUGCUUAUUCUUUUAUUGUAACAAAGUGGACAAAGGAUUCUUUAAGUCUUGUGAAGUUUGUAUUCUGGUUUUUUGCCAUUGUGUUGGGACUUUUGUUUGGGAAAAUUGUAAUUCACCAGUAUUUUUUUAAUACUGUCUUACGUCUGAAGAUGUUCCACGACGGCCGCGGAUCCUGGAUGACGAUGCUGUUCACCACCAUCCUGACCGUCUUCCUCCUCUCCUACCCCUACAACGCCAUGCUCAAGCUGGGCGGUCAGGUCAACGAUGACUACCACAUCACGUCCAGGAUGGGCAUCAGCAACCGGAUCUUCAGCAAGGUGGCCGCUACAGGCACGUGGUGCGGGGAUUGUUUUACGGCCUGGAUGGUGACAGAUAUAAUGUUACAGGAGAAACUGUACCCCCACUGGGGAAUAUGUCUGAGAAGGUGGUGGAACAAAGGCUACAACCGCAUCAUCGUCUUCUGGAUCGUCGUCCCCAGCUGCUCAACCCUGGUCAUCCUGAACAUCUACACUGAGUAUAUUUUAUGGGACAGCAUCAACGGAUAUUUGCCGCACACCGAUGAGAUGUCUCGCUCCUACCUGGCAUCCUUCAUUCUGGUACUUGAUGUCACCAUUGCUAUGCAGGACUGGGACUUUCCCCAUUUUGUUGGUAGCAUAGACAUCAAGAUGCCUGGGUUUAACUUAACCUCAAUCAAUGUCAAAAUUCCCAAAUUUAUGAAGUCACUGGAAUACUGGCAUAUUCAUAUAUCUGGUAAAUGGUUCAAUUAUGGUAUACUCUCAAUUGUAAUCCUCCUUGACAUGAAUAUGUGGAAAAACCAGAUGUUCUAUUCCCCCCAGAACUUUGGACAGUACGUGGAUGAGAAUAACAAGAUAUACACAGUCACUGACCCUUUAAGCUUAGAAGCUAAUUCCACAGUUCUCAGCCUAAGAUAUCGACAGACACACAUAAACAAUCUCACAGGGGAGUUGUAUAUUUUAGGUGACAUUGAAAUGAAUUCCCGAUAUGUUGGUUAUCCUCUACAUCUUAAAGGAUUUGCAUUCAUUCCUUGCCUGUCCAUCUUUUUCAUUUUUGCUGUGAUGAUAUUCAUCUAUGGACGUAAGCCUAAACCAACUGAAAAUAAUCCAUAUGCUGGUCGACUGCUUAAGAGAAAACGCAGGACGAGGCUGGGAAGCUGGUGGUUGAAUUUGAUUACUUUUAAUCUUUUAAAUCCAACAGAGUCGGAGUCAAGCUUACACCCAGAUGACGAUGCUCUUAAAUCAGGUAGGAAAUCUUUAAAGAAAGACAAGAGUAGUAUAUCAUAUUUAAGUAAAAAAGAUAUUGAUGAAGAGGAGAAAAGGCAAUCCGUUGGGCAGUUGACGAGUGAUUUACAACUUGGCAAGGAUCAGAGCCAAACAGACAGAAAUUCAUACCCUGGAGAUGAAAGUCAAGCAAUAAUAGAAGACAAUUCAGAGGUUGAAAAGGAAAAUCAAGCAAAAGCAGAAAGCAUUUCAGGUUCUGAAGACAGAAGUCAAGCAUCAACAAAAGGCAAUUCAGAUGUUCAAAGCAAAAAUCAAGCAAAAGCAGAAAGGACUUCAGUUUCUGAAGACAGAAGUCAAGCAUCAACAAAAGGCAAUUCAGAUGUUCAAAGCAAAAAUCAAGCAAAAGCAGAAAGGAUUUCAGUUUCUGAAGACAGAAGUCAAGCAUCAACAAAAGGCAAUUCAGAUGUUCAAAGCAAAAAUCAAGCAAAAGCAGAAAGGACUUCAGUUUCUGAAGACAGAAGUCAAGCAUCAACAAAACGCAAUUCAGAUGUUCAAAGCAAAAAUCAAGCAAAAGCAGAAAGGACUUCAGUUUCUGAAGACAGAAGUCAAGCAUCAACAAAAGGCAAUUCAGAUGUUCAAAGCAAAAAUCAAGCAAAGGCAGAGAGCAAUUCAGGUUCUGAAGACAAAAGUCAAGCAUCAUCCAAAAGGCAAAGCUUAAAAAUGGAAGUCAAGCAAAGACAGGAAACAAUUAAAUAAUAAAAAAAACAAAAGUAAAAAAAAACUAAUCAAGUUAUUCAAAGGUUGAAAGGAAAAACUCCCAGCACAAGGACAAUUGAUCAAAACAAUUCAGCAAUCAAUUACACCAUGAAGACUGAACUUUCAUGCAAUUUGACUGAAUGUUAUCCAUGAAUAAAUGGAAUUUUAUGUUCACUGUCUGGAAGCUAUUUCAGCUAUUUAUAUAUUUCUGUUUUUGUAUUAACCAGUUAAAAUGAAAAGAUUUCUACUUGAAGUACCUGGUUUUCAAUGUUCUCUCACAAUACUCAGCUGUUUUCACUCCACACUACUGUUGAAAUUAAUUAAGUUAUUAUCUUCAGCCAUAUGAAAAUUUCAAUUUUAUUUUGUAACAAACUUUUUCUUCAUACUCAGCAUAUUAUAUUAGUAGAAAAGGUAAUGAUAG